AUGUCGUUGUGCCAGAACAGACUCCAGGAGGAGCGGAAGCAAUGGCGCAAAGAUCACCCCUUUGGCUUCUUCGCCAAGCCCCAGCGUAUUGCUGCGACAGGAACGCUCGAUCUGAAGGUCUGGGAGUGUGGAAUUCCGGGCAAGGAGAAGACCAUUUGGGAGGGCGGCUUGUUCAAGCUGACAAUCACAUUUCCCGAGGAAUACCCGACGAAGCCGCCCAAGUGCAAAUUCGUUCCUCCCCUGUUCCACCCCAACGUCUACCCCUCCGGCACCGUUUGCCUGUCGAUCUUGAACGAGGAAGAGGCGUGGAAGCCCGCGAUCACGGUGAAGCAGAUUCUGCUCGGUAUUCAGAACCUGCUCGAUGACCCUAACCCGGAGUCGCCGGCACAGGCGGAGGCAUACAGUCUGUUCAAGAAGGACAAGGCAGAAUAUGAGAAGCGUAUCAAGCGUGUGGUGAGGGAGAACCCGGCACCCUAG